AUGAAGACAGUGGACCAGAUGCUCUCGACCUACAGUAUGAACACCAUUAAAGUGACCGGAAUAGUUUUAGUGAAGAUUAAUCAGAAUGAGCUACUGAAGAAUUUAUCAAACACCAUCUCAGAACCUGCAGAUAUUCUUGCUUCGUGCCAGCAAAAAGUCAAAUCUAACUCACAAAAUAAGUUUCUGUGUGUGUUUGAGGGGAUUGCUAAAGCUGGAAACAAAACCCUUCUGAAUAAGAUGUUCACAGAGAUCUACAUCACAGACAGAGAGACUGAAGAGGUCAAUGUUGAACAUGAGGUCAGACAGAUUGAAGCAGCAUCCUGGAAACCAGACAGACCAGAAACAACAAUCAUAUGUAAAGACAUCUUUAAAACCCCACCUGGAAGAGAGGAACCAAUCAGAACAGUGAUGACUAAGGGAGUGGCUGGCAUCGGGAAAACAGUCUUAACACAGAAGUUCACUCUGGACUGGGCUGAAGACAAAGCUAACCAGGACAUCCAGUUCACAUUUCCAUUCACUUUCAGAGAGCUGAAUGGGCUGAAAAAGAAAAAGUUCAGCUUGGUGGAACUCGUUCAUUUGUUCUUUAGUGACACCAAAGAAGCAGGAAUCUACAGGUUUGAAGAGUUCCAGGUUGUGUUCAUCUUUGACGGUCUGGAUGAGUGUCGACUUCCUCUGAACUUCCACAACACUGAAAUCCUGACUGAUGUUACAAAGUCCACCUCAGUGGGUGUGCUGCUGACAAACCUCAUCACGGGGAAUCUUCUUCCCUCUGCUCGCCUCUGGAUAACCACACGACCUGCAGCAGCAAAUCAGAUCCCUCCAGGGUGUGUAGACAUGGUGACAGAGAUCAGAGGGUUCACUGACCCACAGAAGGAGGAGUACAUCAGGAAGAGAUUCACAGCUGAGGAGCAGGCCAGCAGAAUCAUCUCCCACAUCAAGACAUCACGAAGCCUCCACAUCAUGUGUCACAUCCCAGUCUUCUGCUGGAUCAGUGCUACAGUUCUGGAGGAUGUGUUGAAGACCGGAGAGGGAGGAGAACUGCCCAAGACCCUGACUGAGAUGUACAUACACUUACUGGUGGUUCAGUCCAAAGUGAAGAACAUCAAGUAUGACGGAGGAGCUGAGACAGAUUCACCCUGGAGUGAAGAGAAUAGGAAGAUGAUCGAGUCUCUGGGAAAACUAGCUUUUGAGCAGCUGCAGAAAGGCAACCUGAUCUUCUACGAAUCAGACCUGACAGAGUGUGGCAUCAAUAUCAAAGCAGCCUCAAUGUACUCAGGAGUGUUCACACAGAUCUUUAAAGAGGAGAGAGGACUGUACCAGGACAAGGUGUUCUGCUUCGUCCAUCUGAGUGUUCAGGAGUUCCUGGCUGCUUUUCAUGUCCAUCUGACCUUCACCAACUCUGGAGUCAAUCCGCUAUUGGAGAAACAGAAAAACACCUGGUUGUCUAAAGUUUUCAGGGACAAAGCAGCAUCGUUCUACCAGAGUGCAGUGGACAAGGCCUUACAGAGUCCAAAUGGACACCUGGACUUAUUCCUCCGCUUUCUCCUGGGUCUUUCGCUGAAGACCAAUCAGAAUCUCCUACGAGGCCUGCUGACACAAACGGAAAGUAGCUCAGAGACUAAUCAGGAAACAGUGGAGUACAUCAAGAAGAAGAUUAAUAAGAAUCGGAUUGCAGAGAGAUGCAUCAAUCUGUUCCACUGUCUGAAUGAACUGAAUGAUCGUUCUCUAGUGGAGGAGAUCCAACGGUCUCUGAGAUCAGGACGUCUCUCCACAGAUACUCUGUCUCCUGCUGACUGGUCAGCUCUGGUCUUCAUCUUACUGUCAUCAGAAGAAGAUCUGGACGUGUUUGACCUGAAGAAAUACUCUGCUUCAGAGAAGGCUCUUCUGAGGCUGCUGCCAGUGGUCAAAGCCUCCAAGAAAGCUCUGUAAGUGUGUUUAUUCAUUAAUAAAUACUCUAUCUUUCAACAGGAGAGAAACAUAAAUAUAUUGUUUCCUUCCUGUUGUCUCUCCAGACUGAGUGACUGUAACCUGUCAGAGAGAAGCUGUGAAGCUCUGUCCUCAGUUCUCAGCUCCCAGGCCUCUAGUCUGAGAGAGCUGGACCUGAGUAACAAUGACCUGAAGGAUUCAGGAGUGAAGCUGAUCUCUGAUGGACUGAAGAGUCCACACUGCAGACUGGAGACUCUCAGUCUGUCAGGCUGUCUGAUCUCAGAGGAAGGCUGUUCUUCUCUGGUCUCAGCUCUGAGCUCCAACCCCUCCCAUCUGAGAGAGCUGGACCUGAGCUACAAUCAUCCAGGAGACUCAGGAAUGAAGCUACUGUCAGCAGGACUGAAGGAUCCUCACUGGACACUGGAAACUCUCAGAUUUAUGCCGAUGGAUCAGAGGUUGGCCGUCAGGGCCAGCAGGGCCUUCUCUGCUGGACAAGAGAUUGAAUAUAAUAUUCGACGCCACUACGAGACUCAUCACAGCAAAAAAUAUGACGGCUUGCAAGGACAACUGAGAAGAGAUAAGAUUAACGAAUUGCUGGCGGGUCUGAGGAAACAGCAGUCAACUUUCAUCCAGAGCCGAGAAGUCAGUGAAGCAGCGGUAAAAGCCAGCUACCUAAUUGCUAGCGAAAUAGCAUUAGCAUCGAAGCCGUAUUCCGACGGUGACUUUGUUAAACGAUGCAUGAUGAAGGCGGCUGAACUUGUAUGUCCCGAGAAGCGACAAGCUUUUGCCAAUAUUAGCCUGACGAGGAAUACUAUAGCAGAGAGGAUUUCGGAACUAUCGGCAGAUUUAGACAGUCAAUUGAAACAGAGAGUCAAGUCAUUUAUUGCAUUUUCCGUGGCAAUUGACGAGAGCACUGACAUCACAGACGUGGCCCAACUGGCCAUAUUUAUUCGAGGAGUUGAUGAGACAUUGACUGUUACUGAAGAGUUUCUUGAGUUGGUGCCAAUGAUGGACACCGCAACAGCCGAGGACAUUUUCGGCUCUGUCGUUGCUGCAUUGGACAGAGUUGGAGUGGACUGGUCCCGCGCUGUCAGCCUGGCUACAGACGGCGCGCCAUCCAUGGUCGGAAAGAAAGCAGGUGUCGCGACAAAGUUCAAAGACAAAGUACAAGCCCUUAAUGGAGGAGAUCGUUUCUGGACAUUUCACUGUAUUUUGCACCAGGAGGCAUUGUGUUGCAAGUCGCUGAAAAUGGACCACGUCAUGGAGGUGGUUGUUCGCACUGUAAAUUUCAUCCGGUCCAGAGGUCUGAACCAUCGUCAGUUUGACAAACUUCUCAGCGACAGCAACAUUACCCACAGCCUGCCAUACCACACUGAAGAACUCACAAUCGACACAAACACAGUGAACAGAAAACUCAAACUGUCUGACAACAACAGGAAGGUGACAUUAGUGGAGGAGGAUCAGCCAUAUCCUGAUCAUCCAGAGAGGUUUGACUGGUGGGAACAGCUGCUGUGUAGAGAUGGUCUGACUGGUCGCUGUUACUGGGAGGUAGAGGUGAGAGGAGAUGUUGAUAUAUCAGUGAGUUACAGAGGAAUCAGGAGGAGAGGAGACAGUGAUGACUGUUGGUUUGGAGAUAAUGAUCAGUCCUGGAGUCUGGAGUGCUCUUAUGGUCGUUACUAUGUCUGUCACAAUAAGAGCAGAACAGGCAUCUCCUCCUCCUCUGUCUUUGCUAGUUUAAAAGCCAUUAUCUCCUCUGAUAGAGUAGCAGUGUAUGUGGACUGUCCUGCUGGCUCUCUGUCCUUCUACAAAGUCUCCUCUGACUCACUGAUCCUCCUCCACACCUUCAACACCACAUUCACUGAACCUAUCUAUCCUGGGAUUGGGCUCUGUUUUCCUGGUUCAUAUGGUUCCUCAGUGUCUCUGUGUUCUGUUUAACUUCUUCUUCUUCUCUUGUUCUUCUUCUUCUUCUC